GAGUGCUCCAGGUGUCUGGAGAAGGGGCAUGCGCAGGACAGGGUAGUAAGACCGAGGUCUCUCUGGGAGCUGCAGCCAGACCCGGGAGCGCUUUGAAUGCUGGAGAUGGCAGGGCUGAUGGGGCGACUCGAAAGAUUCUGGGUUCUGCACGCCCGUCUGUCUUUUGCUGUAACGGUUUCAGUCCAAGGACAAGCCGCGCCUCCCUUCCGAUGAGCCUCGGUUUCCUGGAGUGCCCGGUGGGGACCGAUGGGAGUCUGGGGUCUCCAUGAUUGGAGGUGCAGGGACGGCCCAAGAGAACCCGAAGUAUGGGGAGAGCAGAGGGGGACGCCACGGGAUGGGGCCAGGCCCGGCGAUGGGAGGGGCCAGGCUUGGCCAAUCAGGAGCGGGGUGAGUGUGUGGCGCUCUGGCCUGAGGAUUCCAGCUAUUCCUGGUGUGGGAGUAAACAGCUGCUAGGUCAGGGGGCGGAGAUAGUGACGGGAACCGAGAGGCCCCCAGGGGAGCUCUCUGAAGCGGGGAUCCCCCUCCGAGGAUCCAGGCCGUUUUCUUCCUUUUUACACCAUCAUUAGAUUUGCCUGUUUGGCUGUAGCUGUCGGAGGUGGACUGGAUCCGAAUACUUAUAGCCUGCUUAUAGGUGGGGAAAGGGAAGUGUAGAAGGGUUAGGCCCAGCGGUGGGGGAGAGGCACACGGCUGGUCCGGGGCAGGCAGGCCUGUGUACGGCUGCAAUUUAGCCAUCCCUCAGCUGAGACACCACUGGACUUCUGAGAAUCGUGGCUGUGCCCUUGACCCCCAAGAUCACACUGGCCGAUGACUGAAUUGAUCGAGUCAUAUCGUUCAGAGGUGUGACCCCACCACCUUGCCCCCCGGGCCACCUGCAGGACGCUGGCCCCUACCCCUCAGCAGACGCCGGAGAGAGAUGAGUAGCAACAAAGAGCAGCGGUCAGCAGUGUUUGUGGUCCUCUUUGCCCUCAUCACCAUCCUCAUCCUCUACAGCUCCAACAGUGCCAACGAGGUCUUCCACUACGGCUCCCUGAGGGGCCGCAUGCGUCGGCCCGUCAACCUCAAGAAGUGGAGUUUCUCCAACGCCUACUUUCCUAUCCUGGGAAACAAGACGCUGCCCUCCCGGUGCAACCAGUGCGUGAUUGUAACCAGCUCCAGCCACCUGCUGGGCACCAAACUGGGCCCUGAGAUUGAGCGGGCCGAGUGUACCAUCCGCAUGAAUGAUGCUCCCACCACUGGCUACUCGGCCGACGUCGGCAACAAAACCACCUUCCGCAUAGUGGCCCAUUCCAGUGUGUUCCGUGUGCUGAGGAAGCCCCAGGAAUUCGUCAACCGAACCCCUGAGACGGUGUUCAUCUUCUGGGGCCCCCCAAACAAGAUGCAGAAGCCACAGGGCAGCAUCCUGCGAGUUAUCCAGCGGGCGGGCCUUGCGUUCCCUAACAUGGAGGCCUACGCCGUCUCUCCCGCCCGCAUGCAGCAGUUUGACGACCUCUUCCGGGGUGAGACGGGCAAGGACAGGGAAAAAUCCCAUUCCUGGUUGAGCACGGGCUUUUUUACCAUGGUGAUUGCGGUGGAGUUGUGUGACCAUGUGCACGUGUACGGCAUGGUCCCUCCCGACUACUGCAGCGGCCCCGCCUGCAGCGCAUGCCAUACCACUACUAUGAGCCCAAGGGGCCCGAUGAGUGUGUCACCUACAUCCAGAACGAGCACAGCCGUAAGGGCAAUCACCACCGCUUCAUCACCGAGAAGAGGGUCUUCUCAUCCUGGGCCCAACUCUACGGCAUCACCUUCUCUCACCCCUCCUGGACCUAGCCAUCCCAUCUGUGCAGUCUCGGAGAGAUGCAGGCAAAGUGGCUCUGGUUCAACCAUUGACCAUGGCCAUCUUCCAGCCAGUCUGGGCUGACUGGAGUAUUUCCCAGCCAAUCAAAUCAGGGCCUUGAUGAGGGUUUUUCCUCCAGCCAAGCAGGGCUGGGGUUAUCUCUUGGUCAAUCAGGGAUUUGGAAUUCUGUAUGGUUUAAUCAGGUGUCAGGGGGUCUUUCUUGUCUAGUCAGGGUCUGAGCAUAGCCAAUCAGGGUACAGGGGUCUUGCUGAGUUAGUCUGAGGCUUAGGUCAUGUCCUUUCCCAUAGGCCUUGCAUCAGAGCCCCAGGAAUCGGCCCCAUAUCAUCCCCUCCUUAGCUGGGACAAAGAGGUCCUGUCCCAAGGAUCUGGGGACUUUGUGUUGCCCCACAGUUCUGGAAUCAAAGAUACUAUAUGGGGUAGGAGCUGUCAGGAGGCCAGGCCAGAGACUGUGUGGAGUUCUAGAAAUGGCAGGGAAGGCUGGGAAGUAGGAGGCCGGUGUCCAGGUCCUGGCUUCUUCCUGAGUGACCUUGGACAAGCCCUCCUCUCUUUCUGGCGUGCUGCGAGGACAUCACAUUCCUGUGUGCAGACAGAGACCCUUACUCCACCCCAGCUCUCAUUGUCACUGGGGGGACUCAGCUCCCUGGGGAUGGGAGCCUGGUGUGCCCUUCCCCACCUAGAGAUGUCAGGGUAUUCUUGUGUAAAUGCCCUUAUGGUUGAGGAACUCUGAGGAAGUGGGGCAAACACGCACCUGUUUUCUCAGCCCCUCUCAGUCCAGCUGCCAUUAGCCUGGCUCUCGAAAUGCCAGGCGUCUCUUCCUGCCCUGCAGCAGGUGAGUGUUUCCUCUGCCCCAAGGAGCCUUUGGGGUGGAGACCGGGUCUCCCGGCCACACCAGGGCAGCCUUUGUUUAGAGAUGCUGAGGGCUUUGGGGAGAAGUGCUCCCCCCCCCCCGCCCCCCGCAAGUUUGGAAUCGGAAUAGAGAGAGACAGGAGCUGGGUUACCUGGGUUCUGUCCCCUGCUCAAGCACUUUACUAAAGUUGGGCCUGGGUGGGGUGUGUUUAAGGCCCACUCUUACACAACCUGCAAGCGAAGGCCUUCCCAGCGGAGGCUGUGGAGUGUCUGUGUGCGAGGGUGGGGGCUGGCCAGCUCUGAGUCCUCGCACUCUGAGGUAAUGGGGGUCAGCGACAGCCCCAGAGAUCUGGUUUUGUAACGAUUUAUACAGAAAUAAACACACCUAAGCCCCAGCUCGGUA